GAAGCAGUCGAUUUCAUGCGAGGAGCCUUGUGAGAAGUGAGAGUGGCUGUCAGGUGGUGGGUGUUGUAGGGCGGUGCAAUCGCUUUCCUUAAUUAACGUGAUCCAUUAACCGGGGGCGACACACAUAACUAACCUGGCUGCUGCGACCGCGGGACGCGAUCGUAGCACGCACCGUCCAAGCUGGCGCGCGAGACCAAGUACGACAUGAAUGGCUUCCACAAUGAAGAAGACGAAGAGCGUCAAAGUAUCAUAGCCGACGGUCCGUCGAAGCCUCCCAAAGUGCCCAUCACCCGCCUGCUGAUAUGCACCACGGUGCUCUCAGCUGUCGGGGGUUUCCUCUUCGGCUACGACACGGGCGUUGUGUCCGGUGCCAUGAUACAGCUUCGGAGUCACUUCCAGCUCAACUACCUGUGGCAGGAGCUCGUGGUUUCGGUCACCAUCGCGGGCGCCUGGGCCUUCGCGAUCGUCGCUGGCAUGGCGACGGACGCGUUCGGACGCAAACCCGUCAUACUCGUAGCUAGCUUCGUGUUUACCGUGGGAGCGGUUCUCAUGGGAGUAGCUUUCAACAAGGGAAUGCUCCUUGGCGGACGCCUCAUCGUCGGCGCUGGCAUAGGCCUGGCAUCCAUGACUGUGCCAGUCUACAUAGCUGAGGUGGCCCCAGCCGAACUUCGAGGAUUGCUGGUCACGAUCAACCAGGUUUUUAUCACCGGGGGACAGUUCAUCGCCAGUGUGACUGCUGGCCUGUUCAGCGGUGACACUGAAAAUGGCUGGCGCUACAUGCUGGCCCUGGCGGGUGUGCCUUCGCUGAUCCAGUUUGUUGGCUUCCUCAGCAUGCCAGAGUCCCCCCGGUGGCUUGCUAGUAAGGGCGCUUACCAGGAAGCUAUCGAGGUGCUGCGGCGCUUCCGCGGCCCCACCGUCAACAUUGAGCCUGAGUUCGACGCCCUCAAGUCCAACUGCCUCGACUUCGAUCAAGACGACGAACGCUCUGGGCCCGUGCUGAUUCAGGUGUUGCGUGACGGUCCACUGCGCCUGGCGCUCAUCGUGGGAUGUGCUCUGAUGAUGUUUCAGCAGAUUGCAGGCAUUAAUACUGUCAUGUAUUAUGGCGCUACAAUCAUACAAAUGUCGGGAGUGCACGACGCGUCCAAGGCUAUCUGGCUGGCUGCGGCACUGUCCUUUGUCAACUUUGCCUGCUCCUUCAUCGGCAUGGGCCUGGUCGAGAGGGUUGGCCGUCGGCUCCUCACUCUUGUGAGCCUUGCAGGUGUGAUUGCAAGCCUUUCAGUGCUUGCACUGGGCUUUCAGCUUGCUGACAUGGAGUCACCUUCCGUGGGACCCAGCGUAGUCCCAUCAUCCGGGAUUUGCGGCAAUUUCAGCACCUGCUCGUCUUGCACGGAAUCCUCGGGCUGCGGAUACUGCUUCAUUCCCGAUGCUCCGACAAGCAACUCCACCUGCCUGCCGGUGAACGCCAACAACUUGGACGUCUCGCUGGUCGGCAGCUGCCAGCAGGCGGCAGCGGCCCCCUUCGUGUGGGCCUACAACUGGUGCCCGAGCCGUUACGCCUGGAUGACCAUCAUGGGAUUGAUUCUCUACCUGUUCUUCUUCGCUCCCGGUCUGGGAGCCAUGCCGUGGACCAUUAACUCCGAGAUAUACCCACUGUGGGCGCGAUCGACCUGUUUCUCGGUGGCUACUUCCUUUAACUGGGCCUUCAAUCUCCUGAUUUCCAUGACAUUCCUCACCCUGACAGAGGCACUCACAAAAUACGGCACCUUCUGGCUGUACGGUGGCCUCUCACUGCUCGGGUGGUUCUUCUUUUUCUUCUUUUUGCCGGAGACGAAGGGCAAGUCCCUGGAAGAAGUCAGCGACCUCUUUGCGCACCCAUGGUGGAGCGACUCGACGACACGCGACAACAAGAAGACAGUCCAGUAUGUCCACAUCCGCGGCAUCAACCAGGCCUACACCACUGACGAUGGAGACUCCGGAGAGGAAGACCGCUAAGGCUCUCACCAACUGCUGAGCGCCAUUGCUACCACAGUGUAGCACUGGUGUGAUGCAGCACAGCUCGCGCCAGUAGCCAGCGCAUUGCUGGGUUAGCAUGUGUGGUCCACUGUCUGCAGACCAUAGUCUAUGGACUAAAGUCAGCAGGCUAUAGGUUCAUUUCUCAACUGUGGUCUCUAGACCACAGUCUGUAGGUUCACUUCGCCGACUGUGGUCUAUACCACAGUCUGUGUUGGCAGGCUAUAGGCUCACUUCACAAACAUGUGGUCUGUAGACCAUAGUGAGUAGAAUGUGGUACUGUGGUGUGUAGACUGUGGUCUAUAGACAUACCACAGCCUGCAUGCUAUAGUGCAUAGACUGGCAGUCUGUAGACUAUGGUCGGUAGACCAUAAUCUGUAGACCAUAAUCUGUAGACUAUUGUUGGCAGGCUAUAGGUUCAUUUGGCUGACCAUGCUGUUAAGUAUAGGCUACACAAGUCAUUCCAUUGCUUGCUAGUCUACGGACUGGCGUGUCUCAGGUCCUGUCUACACGUUGGUCUGCAGGACAUUUUUUUUUACAAGCAUACUGUGACAUGAGCUAAGACACCAUUGUGUCAAGGACUGUAUUCAUAGACUGGAAAACAACUCGUAAGUUUUGUCCCUGAACAGAGUUGUUCUCAAAGGUAUUGACUACUGCGUGAACAAUCAUGCUUUCUUUCAGUGGUGAUGUAGAUGUAGGGGACUACGCCAGUCCGUGAGCCUAGCUGUCAAUUCCUUAGGAACAUGGCCUGUGUCCUGUGGCAUGACAUGCUGCCACAAAUCACCGAUUCAAGAGCUGGCAGCUUCUUGAUUGUGGCAGCAUUUCAAAAACUGUGGCUGUCAUACUUUGGCUGAUUGCAAGGAAGCAUUGACAAGCAGCCGGCUUGUCAACUGAAAGUGUACCCUAAGCUUCUUGCUCAGGCUGGCUUCAGGCCUGUAGCCUAGCACAUUUAUGCUUGGUACUGGAUCAGAAUUAUUCUACCUCUCAGAUGGGUUUUAACGCUAAUGGAAGAUCUGCAUUUCAAAAUUGGGGCAUUCUGCUUUUCAUUAGCACUUAUUCCACAGGACACUGGCCUGACGUUCUCAGGCGUUCAUUUAAACUGCGGUUGAAAAUACCGAAAUCUUAGUCGUGGUGUGGGACCAGUUGACGCACGAGCUAAAAUAUCUUAUUGUUAUUAUUGAUAAUGUUAUUAAUCUGUACCUCUCCUGCGUGUGCAUUGCACGCUUAGAAAUGGGAGAGCCGGUUUGCACCGACAGUUUCGUGGACUUAUAAGUGCUUGGGCAUUUUCCUUGUUUAUAUUGUGCUUUCAGCCCUGCUGCAGGCUGUCAUUUAUAUUCUCUCAUUAGGUUUUCGGUCUGUUUGAUCCGGCCGACUUCGAAACCAGCACUUUGCUGGCAAAAAGCUGGCGAGUCGAAGGUGGUCAUCUUUGCUACAUUGAGAAUUUUGUUUAUGCGGAGUUGUUUUUCCAGCCACGGAGAUUCUUUUUGUUCUUCGUGAAUGUGUGUAAAGUAGACUACAAGUGUGGGUACUAGUCACCUGAGAUCUGGAGGGUGUGCUAUAGACGAUUGUUUACGGGCGCUGCCGUCGCGGGCUGUUGAUUCAAAUGUCUUGUCACUGUUUAGCAUGGUUAGAGCAGUCGUCAAAUGCAAAGAGCACCUGCAUGGCUAUUGUGAUGUGUUCGAAUUGGCCAUAGCGCCUUGCAUUUGGCCAUGUAGCCAGAUAGCCAAGAGACAUCUGUAUUAGCAGCUUGCGAUAGCAAUGAUCCGGCAUCUUUAGAAAUAUUGUUUAUAGAGCCUACGCUCCUUCAAAUGUUAUGCCCUUCGUGGUGCUCUGCUGCAAUAAUUGCCGUCAUUCUUGUCCACAAUCCUGUAACUUAAAUUCUGUGCUGCGUACUCUGUCAGGAGCAUUACAGGACACGCAGGGCAUUUCUGACGAAUACCCAGCAUGUGGCAUUGGAGAAAGGAAAUGUUUCAAGAAUGAUGACUGUUAUCGCUCUGGGAACAAAAUUGUGCUGCAGAGGGUACGACAUUAUGAAAAGAUCACCGUCCUGGUGGGUGUAUUGCGCUCUCUUGUUUGUCAUCUGGAAAAUUGUUGGUGUUGAAUUCGUUGCUAUGUUACAAAGGUGUUUAUGUUUGUUUAGUUAGGUAACAUGUUAAGCGACCUACUAAAUUGGUUGUUGUGAUGAUGGAUUGACAAGGUGGCUUGAUUGUGUUGCAGUGAUAGGAUGGCUUGUCCAAGAGAGCAGGCCAUUUCGUUUCUGUCUAUGUCAUUUUCGCAAGCCAGACAGACUGUGUGUCCAGUUUUUCCAGCAAAGCACAUUUGCUGUGAGAAGCUGCUGUGAAGAAACACGGGUUUAUGUGACCUUCGAUGACAGUAAUUCACGAGUACCGAAAGCUUUCAUUGUAACUAUCUUUUUGUUGGGAUGUGAAUGACAAGAAUCUGUGUGAUUUUUUUAGGAGGCUUGAGCCUUCACAUUGACAAAACCAUCCAGACUAUUUACCAUCACACCAUCUUGACUUCCAGUGCAUGCCUCUUAAAAGACUUGCUUUAUCAGCUCGUGUCUUAAAAGCCAGAUCGCAAACAUUUUUCAGAACAAAGUUCUUUUGUGAUACAAGCCAAAAUGACAAGUAUCAGAUUGAUAGAUUUUUCAUGACUCCAAAGGUGUGGGCCUAUUCGGCACACUGACGAAGGCUUAGAGCUUGCGCUUGACUGUGUUAAUGUUAAUAACGAGCUCUACAUUUCUUGUGGAGCUCAUGACUUGUUGAUGAAAAAAGGCGAUUUUGUUUUUAAGCAUUCAGAAAUUUUUAUUCACCAAGUGUGUUGUUGUUACCUUCCCUUUUCCAAUCUUGUCAUUAGUUUGCAUGCUGGCUAAGGCCAAGCCGCCACUAGUCAUGUCAAGAUUAGCAGUGGAGCAGACACCCAUUUCAACGUGCGGAAUAGCCUAGUUGUCUCGUGUACCGAGCAAAGUUUGAAAGAAAAGACCAGACCGAUUUACUUUAGCGUGUUCGCAAUAAUUUGUCCAUCGUGGCAAGCCAGUGGCCAUUGAACAUGUGAGCACAUUCCAGAGUUGCAACUUAGUGAAGAAUUGGCCCGUAUUAUCAAAAAAUUUCACUGCUCCAUGGUUGGGUUGGAUGCUCCCAUUGGUUGUAGCCUUUAGUGGUGUGAGUAUCAAGUACAGUUGAAAGUUAUUACAUCGUUGGGUGAUGAUGAUUUCUCUCGUUAUCCUCACUGUGUCACUCAUGCGUAAAUAACGAAAUCAGCCUCCCCAGAAGUGCCAUUGUGUAGGCCCCAAGAACAGCAGCAAAAAAACCAGUGAUAAAACCUUCAAUGCAACAACCUUCCUUGCUCAACUCAAGAUUUUUCUUGAACUUGAGCUCGGAGGCAAAUUGGAGACUGUACUGGCACCAUGAAAAACCGCGUUCAUGGCGCUGAUAAGCAUGAUGAAAUCGCCUUAUUAUCAGCACGGCUGAAACAACAUAGAAUGUUUUUUUGAGCAAUGAUCGUGUUGUAGGGAUGACUUAUCAACUUUUUAUCACUGCUUCGAUAUCCCCUCUUGUUCCUAGCUAUCAUUGUGCUCAUUUACAUAAGCUGUGAGGUCAGGGUAAUGAGUAGUAUCAGCUGAGGCUGUGGCAGUAGAUAAACCAUGUUUGGUGCAGGCCGUGUGCAAGCUUUGAGCGUUAUGCAUGGUCAUGCCUGGUGGUUAUGAACACUGCUUCACAACAUCUAUGACACCUAAUGCUGUCAGUGUAUGUGCGCUGUGUGCCCAUGUUAAUGCGAGCGUGAUUAUCACCACAUAUCAACCAGGAUCCACUUUUGUGUGGAGGUUAAUGUAGUUGACAAGUUUGAACGGGUUAGUAACUUGAUAUCGGCUCUGCUAAUGGCUAAGCAAAAAACGUGGACUUUGUAAUAAGUGCAGAUUCAUUAGAUGUCAUGAAAAUCUGUUGACGUCUUCGAAUAUGCAGAGUUCAGAGAUCAUUCCUCUUUGAUCCUUACAUGUGUGUUUUAAUGCUGAGGCAGGCUUGCGAAGGGUUAGGCAACGAGCAGUUUGCCUUUGCAAUAAAUCUACAGUGCACCUGAGGUUGUUGAGGCCAACAAUUCAAACUUGGCUGACAAUGUCCAGGGAUGUUCUUAUUUGUGCAUUUGUAUUUUUGUUGGGCUUGCCUUUGCUGUGUCUAGGAGGUAGGACGUUGUACUGACUAAUGAGGGUGGCAACGCACAGUGUGAGGUGUUGUCAUGUUCACAUUAACAAGGGCAUGUAGCAACUUUAAUUCAUCUGCAUAAUCAUACAGCAAUCACGUGACCACACUCCUGUCACAUGAACACGUUCAGCAAGCAGAAUGCCACAGCCCAAUAACCUCAGUGUUGUGGUGACUUUAUGCGCACUCUGCCCAGACGUUCUUGUUGCAUCUUCUGUUUGUUGCAACUUUUUGAGGGGUACAUAGAGAAGAAGCAACCGCGGGUAGAAAAAUGUACCAAGAACUGUCGCUUCAGCUGAAGACCUUGAAUUCCCUUCUAAGAAUGCAAGUUCUUGGCCAUGAUCUCGGGCAUUUGCUGACCCGCUCUGUUCAUGACAAACUGUUGUUGUCAAGACAUACGAUGUUGGUUGUCUACAAUGGGAAAUCGUUGAAGGCAAGUGACGUUGUUCAUGUGACGGAAGUGUGGAAGUGUAACAAGCGAAGCACAUCAUGUACAUCUUCGACCUGCUUAGAAAUAAGGCAUGCACUUUGUGUAUGUUUUAAUUGAGACAAAGUAGCGAGUGCUUUUCAGGGCUUUCCGACAGGCUGCUUUCGGGGCCCAACAUUUUUUCACAUCAGUAUACCUUCUUUCAUUUAAUGUGUUUCUCUUGUUUAGUGGCCUUCCUUUUAACUCCAUAUUUUUGUGAUAUAUUUCGAUGCGGUCCAAUAUUUUUUGUUUAAUUGUUGUCUACUGUAUUUUUUGUGCUUCAAGAUUCCUGUGCAAUGUGUUUGUGUAAUAUCAAUGUGCUUGUUUUGCGCGUGUUGCGGAGUAUUAUUUUUAAUUUUGUUUGUAAAUAGUGAGGUGCUGUCUCUGCGACACUUGGCCGUUGAAUAACUUUUUUUUUCUAGUGUGGCCAAGGCCGCUAUAUAAUGUUGAAGUGCACGUCCCCGUAAUGAGCUAUACCGACCAGCAGCAAUAAUGUUAAGCAUGUGUCUGCGGCAGCUUUAGUUGGGUGGGUGACUACCCCCCUCCCCAGGCUACUCUUUCAAACAGUUUUCUCCUUUUUGCUCUUGCCUGCAGUAGCCUUCAUAGCUUAAAGUAAAAAAUAAAUAUGCACUAUAUUUACAAGGCCCGCAGUUACAGACAUGCAAGACAGAUCACACUUCCCAACAAAGUCCCCACAUGCCUGUUUUAAUCGCUGCCCCUUGUUUAUUGGGACAGCACCAGCAAUUCUCGCUGUGUUAGCACAGUCCCUAACCUUACUUUGCACUUGCUUGUCCAAAGAGACUACAUGGAAACACCAACACAAUUUGUAAUUUAUUUUUAGAAUGCUAGUAGUAGGUAGGAUUUGCCUCCUGCAUGGCUAAGAGAGUGUUUUUCCAUGGUUGUUGCGCUUAAUAAGAGAAAUUUGUUAUCACGGGGUUGCUCUCUCAGUGCUUGUCUUUUUUUGAGUGCUUGAUGAGGCCAUUGCAACCCUGACAGCAGAACACGUGGGGUUAAUAUAGGCCCAUGUUGGACCUAGUGUGACAAUAAUGGCCCAGUGAUGAUGUGUUGGCCGGUACUGGCCCUAUAUUGGGACUACAUUGGCCCUGCUUCUACUGUUGCCUGGGUUGUGACAUGGCCAGGAUUGACCACUCAAACUGAGUACCAGUAGAGAGUACCAAGACUUGUCUUUCGAUAUGUGAAUAUUUCCAUGACACCGUGCAACUGGAGUGGCUUUCAGUUAAAGCACUUCUGGCAGAGGAUAAAUAGGAGCAGGUGUUAGUGGCAUAUUUUGUAUCAAAGUUUGAGAUGUAGUGCUAACACCAAAAGAAAAGUAUACAAAGUAUGGCCUUCUACUUUUUCUCUUACUUUGUUUCUCGUUGGCAAGAAUCGUGUUGAGGUUGGCACUGUGUCAUAUGUAGUACCGACUACCGCCUUCCAUCUCUUUGGAGGGAGUACAUGAACAUGACCAACAUUCAGCCAUCGUGGUGUAUUAUUUGAAGCAUGCCGAGACCAUGGCUGUCUGCCCGCAGCAACAAGCUCGCAUGCAUCUCUCGUUAAGGUGCUCGCACGUUGAAGAGUUGAUACCCUUUAUUGUGAGCUGUACUGGUGCUUUCAGCAUUUGACAAAGAAUGCUUUCCUCUUCCACGUGAUCCCAUGGCCUAAAUGCGCAAUUCACAUUGUUUGGGAUAGCCCUCUCUUCUUUUUUCUAAUGUUCUUUCCUCUGACUGCACACCAUGCUAUACUCUUAGACACCUUUUGCCCCCAUGGUGGUGUUGUUGAACUGACGUGCUGUUAUCCUCAUAGUACUACGAUCGCACCGUGCAGAGAGAAUCUAUAGCACUUUGUAUAACAAUAACAUGUUGUCUGGAGGUCUUGUUGUGACGUGAUUGCAGAGUCUAUUUGCCCGUUUUUUCGAAGGCUCGUGUUUGUACGCCUUCCCAUUUUGCACACAGUUCCAGGUGUUAUGCACAACACUGAGGGCGGUAGCACAUGUUUAGAGGCUGUUGAGAGUGUGAAAAUGGGCGGACGAGAACACAGGGAGGAAAAUUUUAUGGCUGUAUGUGCGUGCAGACUUGUUAUGUGGAUGAAAUCACAUUUGUGACACCCGCUUGGAAAUUACAGACGAAUUUGCACUAAACCUUCACUGUGCUCGUUUAUAAGAAGCACUGAAGAUGACUGUUAGUGGAACGAAGGAAGAUUGGUGAAGGAUGUUAUACAACUGUUGAAAGAGUGGUCGUCUAGUUCUUAAACAUGUAAAGAAGGCGAGUGAUGUAUGCGGAAAGAGUGCAUAGAUAAAACAAAGCCAAAAUAAAUGCAGAUUUGCCAAAUGUGAGGUCUCAAAAGAAGAUUACUGUAGCUGUCACCUUUUUUUUUUUAUGACCAUCUCUUUUCCUUUCCUUUUUCUUGCACAUGCUCAAAGCAACCGCUUCCAUGGUUUGGUAGAAACCCUCCCUAAAUGUUUCAAAUCUGGAUAAACUAUAGUUUGUUACCUCAUGUUACUCUCUCCUUCCUUCUGCUAACCUCCCAUUUUAGUGCAGCGCAGUUGAACGGUUAAGUACAUGCCAAACCUAACCGGUCCUGCUUAUCGCAUUAUUGGCAGCUGGAUUGCAAUCUUUGUACGCUACUGGAAAGUGAGUCAGUUAGCUGUUUGUGUAUGUGUGGCGACACUGCAUAAGCACGUUGGCGAACAAAGGCUCGAGGGAAGCUGAAGGCACAUUUAUUACAGCUAGUUGGGGCAGUAAGUCGCUUUUGAGGGACACCACGUCACCCAUCGCACCCAUGUCUUCUCCGUAGGCACAGGCCCGACUACCGGAUGCAUUGACCCGAAGUAUUUGUGUCUUGACGCAGCAGCAAUAGUUUCCCGUGCACCUGUUUUGUCUUGUCAGUACACGACAGCUUUGUACACUCUUUUGUGUAUACCUGUAUAUUGCGUGGCAUUAAAAUCACGCUGCAAAUGUG